AUUAUUCUCCCUACAAACCAAAAACAUCAAUUCCCUGCCAGAAAAUAUCAUGAAAAAAGCAGCCAAAACCUUGUGUGUGGCUAUAGCAUCUCUUGUGAUAUUGUCGGCAAGUACUUGUGCGCAGCUUAGCCCUUCAUUUUACAACGGUACUUGUCGCGAUGUGUCUCAUGUUGUUUGGAAAGUGGUGUCUCAGGCUGUUGGAAGUGAGAAACGAAUGGCAGCCUCCCUGCUAAGGCUCCACUUCCACGACUGCUUUGUCAAUGGAUGCGAUGGCUCCGUUCUUUUGGAUGACACUGCAAGCUUCACGGGAGAAAAGUCGGCAGGACCAAAUAAGAACUCUUUACGAGGAUUCGAAGUCAUUGAUGCUAUCAAGAGCCAAUUGGAGAGCCAGUGUCCGGGAAUAGUCUCCUGCGCGGACAUCGUAGCACUGGCAGCACAAACUUCUGUCUUCAUGCUCGGAGGUCCAGGAUGGGCCGUUCCUUUGGGACGGCGAGACAGUACCACGGCCAGCCGUGAUGCAGCCAACAGCCAAAUUCCACCCCCGGUUUUCACAGUCUCGGAGCUCACAUCCGCAUUUCAGGCCAAGGGUCUGUCACUUAAGGACAUGGUCGUGUUGUCCGGCGCUCAUACAAUCGGUGCUGCGCAGUGUUUUACUUUCCGCAACCGCCUCUAUAGCUUCAACAGCACAGCCGCUUCGGACCCAACCAUCGACGCUUCGUUUCUAGCAACUCUCCAAAGCAGCUGUCCCAAGGAGUCCGGUGAUGACCAGCUUUCAAACCUGGAUGCUGUAACACCCAACCGGUUCGACAAUCAGUACUACAAAAACUUGCAGAAAAACAAGGGACUGCUGACGUCUGACCAGGAAUUGUUCUCCGGCACCGGCUCGGACGCAGCGACACUGGUGAGCUCGUACGCCAGUAACCCGCUCACAUUCUGGCGGGAUUUCAAGGAGUCGAUGAUAAAAAUGGGAAACAUCAGCCCUCUCACAGGCACAAACGGAGAGAUCCGUAAGAACUGCCACUUUGUGAACAGUUGAGGUAUAGUACGUAGAUCAAAUUGAAAUCAAAAGGAAACAAGGACUAAACUCCACAUGUACCUUGGGAGGAACUCCCUCAACAACAAAAUUUGGAUGGUCCUGCCAAAUAAAUGUCAUAUCAGUCACAAGAAAAUAAAAAUAAAAAAGCAUACUUACUUGUC